GCCCGUCAUGCAUUUACGCGCUCUGGGUGUGUAUUGUAUCACAUGUAACUUAAGGUAAUCAGAGAAAGCAGAAGGCCACUUAAUGUGGUACACCUGAUUAUUGUCAUUUUAUUUAAUUUGUAUUUAUAUUACUAGAAAAAUAAGCCUUCUCAUAUCCAAAGCCUCUGUCAAUACUAGCCUUGACCUCAUCACACAACCAACAGGGUCAAGCAUUUGCCGGUACACCUUCUCUCACCAUGUCCACUACCAUUUCACAAUGUGAACCACGUAUACAAUAUCUGGCCAGCAUGAGCACUUAUUAAGAGAGAAGGUUGGAAAAUACUUGACAUCAGUUAUUAAAUUGUUUUCCAAGGUAGAGGUUAGAAAGGUCAUCCAUUCAUUUCCUGGCCUCACUGACGUGUUGUACUGGAACAAUCUGUUAGAAGACGACCUCUCUUCUAUUAUUCAAUGUGGCUCAGCUGUUCAUCCAUGCCUCCUUUUGAUCUUUUUUUAGCAACGGUUUGAUAUAAGGGUUCUCUUCGAUUCAAAGGUGAUGUCAUUAUGUUAUACGCCUUGUCGGUCCCAGAAAUAGUGGAUCCAUGCAAAUGAUGUAUCGUUUUUGGUUGCUUCCUGGUGUGACCGUGUCAGGGUCUGACUGGAAGAAACCGUAGCUCUCAUUAAAAGUUUAGAGUGUCUCUCCUCAGUCUGUCUGGUUUCCGAUGACCGAGAGGAGAGUGAGAGUGUCUGCUGCUUGAGUGAUGCGGCCAUUCAGCUCUUAUACUAAACUGUACUUAUUUCAAUAGGGUCUUUACAGUACGAGUACACUUGGGUAGUGUGCGUACUUGACACCUGCUUAUUUUUUUCUUCGGGCCAUAGUGUGAUAAUAGAUGAAAAAAAGGCACAAAAUAUCCGUCCAUUUCAUCCUGUUGUUUCAGCCAUGAAAACAACCCAGUGUUUUGCAGGGUCGACCUCUUCUAUGGGAAGAUAUUGACUCCUCACGCCGUCAUCAUUAUCCACAGACAGAUGACCACCUCACCCCUCCCCUGCUGACAGAGGCCGUGCUGGACCGUCACGUGUCGCUGUCGUCAUAGCGACGGCGGCCUGGCGGCAGCCGCCACGAUACCUGAGUGGAGGUUGAGGCGAGGUGAGCCAGGAUUUGGCGUUCGCCAGCCCACCGCACGGUAGAGGAACGAGGCAGAAUCCCUCUCUGCUCUCAACAUGCCGCGGAAAACAGAUGUCAGCCAGCUGGAGGAUGUCGGAAUAGACAUAGACACGGAGCUGAGCAACAGCGACGAGGAAGCCCCAAAGAGAGCAAAGAAAGGAGGAAGAGGAGGAGGACGAGGGGGCAGAGGUCGCGGUAAAAAGGCGGCCAGCGAGGAAGAGGAGGACGAAGAUGAGGUGCCGGCACCGCGGGGUCGAAGGGGCGGGAACCGGAAAGCGGCGCGCAAGGGAAAAGAUGGCGACGAUGAGGAUGCCGACGAUGACGAUGACGAAGACGGCAAGGGCCCUAAGAAGCGGAAGAAAGGAGGGAAAGGUAAGGAGGGGGAUGAAGAGAGCGAGGAGGAGGAAGACAAGAAGGGAGCCAAAGGGAAGAAAAAAGGUGGGAAGAAAGGGAAGGACGAAGAAGAGGAUGAGGAGGAAGGAGGCAAGGGUGAUAAAGGAGCCACGGGCAAGAAGGGAGCCAAGGGGAAGGGGAAGGCUAAAGAGGACGACAAGAAGAAGAAGAAGAAGGGAGGAGGUAGCAGCUCAUCCAACUCUGACGAGGAAGACUCCAUGUCGGAGGGUGAGAUGGCCAAGCUGAUGGAGGAGGUGGAGGAGAAGAAGAAGCUCAUCGCCACCAUCAGGAACAAGCCCUGGCGGAUGCGGAGGAGGCUCACCCAUCUCAGGGAGUCUCAGCAGUUUGUUGAUAAGUUUGAAGGCGCUCUAGGCAAAGGGAAAGGCAGGAAGUGGUAUGCUUACAAAGUGAUGAUGAAAAAGAAAUGGAUCAAGUUCCAAAGAGAUUUCGAGAACUUCAGAACAGCGUGUAUACCGUGGGAACGAAAGAUUAAAGAAGUGGAAAGUCAUUUUGGCUCAUCGGUGGCUUCCUACUUCAUCUUUCUGCGGUGGAUGUACGGCAUGAACCUCGUGCUGUUUGGCUUCACCUUUGGCUUGGUCGUAAUCCCAGAGGUUUUGAUGGGCCUUCCGUAUGGGUCUAUCCCCAGGAAGACGGUGCCCAGGGCAGAAGCGGACAGUGCCCAGGACUACUCUGUCCUCAUGGACUUCAACGGCUAUUGCAAGUAUUCCGUGCUUUUCUACGGUUUCUACAACAACCAGAGGACUAUUGGGUUGCUCCAGUUCCGUCUUCCCCUGUCGUACCUCAUGGUCGGCAUCGGCACCUUCGGCUACAGCCUCAUGGUCGUGAUUCGAACGAUGGCUAAGAAUGCAGAUGUAGGAGGGGGCGAUGGGGAGGACGGGGAGUUCACCUUCGCCUGGAAGAUGUUCACCAGCUGGGAUUACCUCAUCGGCAACGCGGAGACGGCUGACAACAAGUACGCCUCCAUCACCACCAGCUUUAAGGAGUCCAUCGUGGACGAGCAGGAGAACCAGAAGGAUGAGAACAUCCACCUGCGGCGGUUUCUGAGGGUCCUGGCCAACUUCAUGAUCAUCUGCAGCCUUGGGGGGAGUGGCUACCUCAUCUACUUCGUGGUGAAGAGGUCUCAGGAGUUUGCCAGCAGGGAUGACCUCAGUUGGUACGAGAAAAACGAGCUGGAGAUCAUCAUGUCUCUGCUGGGCCUGGUGUGUCCUCCUCUGUUUGAGACCAUCGCUGAGCUGGAGGAGUACCACCCCCGUAUCGCCCUCAAGUGGCAGCUGGGGAGAAUCUUCGCCCUGUUCCUGGGGAAUCUGUACACCUUUCUGUUCGCCCUGUUCGAUGAGGUCAACACCAAGUUGGAGCUGGAGGGCUCCAUCAGGAACGCCUCUCUCUGGAACAUGAAGGAGUACUACGCCAACUUCACCCUCAACUCCAACGACACCGAUGCCACGCCCCCGCCCAUGCACCCCUCUGACAUCAUCAGAGGACCCUGCUGGGAGACGGGCGUGGGCAUAGAGUUUGUGAAGCUGACGGUCUCUGACAUCCAGGUCACCUACCUGACCAUCCUGAUCGGGGACUUUGCCCGGGCGGUCAUCGUCCGUUUCCUCAACUACUGUUGGUGCUGGGACCUGGAGGCCGGCUUUCCCUCCUAUGGGGAAUUUGACAUCAGUGGCAACGUGUUGGGCCUGGUCUUCAACCAAGGCAUGAUUUGGAUGGGGGCGUUCUACGCCCCGGGGCUGGUGGGGAUCAACGUGCUGCGGCUGCUCUCCUCCAUGUACUACCAGUGCUGGGCGGUGAUGGCCACCAACGUGCCCCACGAGAGGGUCUUCAAGGCCUCCAAGUCCAACAACUUCUACAUGGGCCUGCUGCUGCUCAUCCUCUUCCUCAGCCUGCUGCCCGUGGUCUACACCAUCAUGACCCUGCCGCCCUCCUUCGACUGCGGACCCUUCAGUGGGAAGGCCAAGAUGUUUGACGUGAUCAUGGAGACCAUCGACCUGGACCUGCCCGCCUUCCUCGGGACGCUGUUCAGCUACGCGGCCAACCCAGGGCUGAUCAUCCCCGCCGUGCUGCUCAUGGUACUGGCCAUCUACUAUCUGAAUUCGGUGUCGGAGGCCUAUCAAGGGGCCAACAUGGAACUGAAGAAGAAGAUGCAGAUGGCCCGGGACGAGGAGAAGAACCGUAGGAACAACACGGAGAGCACCGACCAGGUGCAGAAGGACCUGGAGGACCUGCUGCCCAACCGCUCGCUGGCGCCGGAGCCCGAGAAGGAGGAGCCGCCCCCCAAGCCCACUAAGGUGAAGCCGGGGGCCGCCGGCAAGAAGGACCUGCAGAAGGACGUGACCCUGGCCUCGCCCAACCCCAACGUACGGGGGCCUGUGAACCGCCCGCCCGGCCCCAGGGGACCCGGACCGAUGCCUGGCCACCCGGGGGGGCCCGGCCCGGGGGGGAGAGGCCAAGGGAGGCCAGGGCCCCCUCCACGAUAAGGAGGAGAAGAGUGUGGAGUCAUCUCCCCCAGCCCCACCCAAAUCUUGUUUCGUUACAAACCCUCAACCCUUCUGAGAUGCAUUGAUCACACACACACACACACACACACACACACACACACACACACACACACACACACACACACACACACACACACACACACACACACACACACACACACACACACACAGACACACACACGUUGAAUGCAUUUAGACUGUUUAAACGUUUAGCAAACUUUUUUUAGCAUCUAUUCACAUUUAUUUUAAAUUCAUUUGACUAACCGAAUGGCUUGUUAUGAACUUUAUUAUUAAGUGUUACUAAUGUCUUUUUAGAAAUACACAGGAAUACUGUAAAAACAUCCCUUCAGGAACUUGGGAAUUUGGGUCCUGUUUUCCUUAAAACAAACCUCAACAAAAACAUAAAGAUGCAGUAGGUAAGAUGAUGUGACAUUGCAGGCCAGAAUACCAACAUGGUUGACAUGACACUAGGUGUUAUUUAUCCUCCAGGGAUACAGGCAACCUUCCUCACGUGACCAGUGCUGUUUACCUUACAGCAGCAGAUGUGACCCGGAUUAGUUAAUACUAGGGAGUUGUAAGUAAACGUUUGACAUGCCUAAGGUGUUGGGCAGAGGAAGUGUGUGUUGGUUUUGUGUGUUGGAAUUCUGCAAGUAUUAAUUUGAACUUUUUUUUAUAUACACAGUAUAACUGAUUAUCUAUUUUUUUCAGGUAAUCUCAUUGAUAUUUUGUUUUCGGUUUCAAGUUCUUGACCAGUGAAAAGCAUGAAAACCAGCAAAUUACUAGUGAUCAAUUUAAAUUUAUUAGAAAUGGAAUACGAAAGUUUUAAAGUUUCAAGGAUUUUACAAAAUUGGAUUAUGCACUUAUAUACCUUCCUUUUUCAAAUAAAGUUUGACGUAUUUUAACAUCAA